AUGCUAGACCUAGGCCCAGGCCCACCUUCUAAAAAGCGGUCUCUUUUUCGAACUUACAAGAAUUCCCGUGGGUAUUAUUUCAUCGGCGAUCAAAUAAUACAUCUUGAGCAUAACGAGAACGACGAGGACGAAGAUAGCGAGAACAGCGAGGACAACGAAGAUACCGAAGACAACGAAGACAACGAAGACAACGAGGAUGAUGAGAUAGCCAAUAAAAAUCUUCGUAGGUUUUAUUCUAUCGGCAAUCGAAUUGUAUUUGUCGAGCCCGACAAAGAGAGCGAGAAUAGCCAAACGGCUAAGAAGAAUCUUCGUACGUAUUAUUCUAUAGGCAAUCGAAUCAUAUUUCUCGACAACGACGAUAAAAGCGUAUCGUCCAGCGCCUUUGAUACACGUACCGGUCGAAAACGACAACGAUCCGCAAGCUUCGACGGCGAAAGUACUCCCCCCCUUUCGCAAUCUCUUAUCACCCUUAGUAGCGGUGGUCGGAGCAAUAACGCUGCAGCAAAUCCCUUCGUUACAUAG